UGAGGUGUACGAGGGGUGAAACGGCGAGACUCAGUCCGAGCGCCAGGUUGCAUGUGGCCCCACAAAAACCUUGGUGGUGCAGCUGUGAUGGGCUUGAAUAUGAUGUUGGAGCAAUGCUCACAAGCACCCUUGCCUGGGCUCAUCAGGAUUCUUCUUCAUGCUCAUCUCACAGAUCGUUAGCCAUGCCUAUUUACCCCACCAGAAUUGGUCAAGAAUACAUCGCUCCCAAAGUCUACAACGUCCUCAUAAGCAGAGACCAUAUCAACCUCGGGAGUUGUGUUGGUCUUUCUUGCACUCCACUUCUGCCCCCCUCCGUUCCCAUUUCAAUAUUCUCACAUUCAUCGCUGCACUCAGUAGCCGCUGCAUGAAGGCUGUGAACUCGUAUUUAAGGGGUUGCAUGCUUUACCCAUGUUAUAUAUUGUUGAGGAUGUGGAGUACUCUCAACGAGCGCAGUCUAAACACGAGGCGGAGUUCGUCAAUUACGAGUGAUUGGUUUCAAGAGUAAGUAGGCUCGAGUAUUAAGAUUGUCGUGUUCCUGUUGAGCUUCAUGAAUGAUGUUGACCUUUCAUGAAAAAAGGAAGAGUUUCUUGUUACUGUGUGGAAUUGCUUGUUGUUUUGUGUUAACUGUAGUCUUUGACCGCUCAAUCAAUCAUAUCAUUAGUCAUUCAUUACUUGUUCACUUUAUUGGCCUUCCCGUAGCCUCUCUCUGCCUUAGAAGGACAAGAGUGAAUUUGAUCGCUGCAGCAUGAGGUAGCCUAUCCAUUCUUCGUGUAGUUCCUACUUGCAUAGGAGUAUGUAGUUUAGCUAGCCUCUGCGUAGUCCAAUUUGCACAGUGCAGGUAGCCCGUUGAAGGUGCCUGGUUUGUUAGACUUUUCCAAGCUUCAAAUGCAGGGCUAGCGUUACUGAAGAGAAACAAACCAUUUUAAGCGCCGGUCAACAUGCCAGAGGCACUUGAAUUUUCUAGACCUUCAGAAGACUUUCAGAGUCCGUAAAGAAUAGAAAAGAGGAGCAGCGUCUGCGACUAUCGGAGAAAGAGAAAGAAGACAACAAAGAGAAAAUCAUGGGGGACGUACACACCAUGGAGGUGCGGACAGUGAUCCUCAAGGUGGUAUUGCAUUGCGAGGGUUGCGCUCGGACAGUGAAGCGAGCUGUGAAGCGCAUUCCAGGGGUGACGGCAUACAAUGUGGACUUCCAAGGACAGAAGGUGACAGUCACAGGGGUGGUCUCUCCAGAUGAUGUCUACAAACACGUAGCUCGAACUGGGAAAAUCACGGUGCUGGUGCCCCCUCCACCGCCACCGCCACCGCCACCCCCGGAAGAACCAGCUCCAGCGCCUGCCCCCGAGCCGGCCCCGGAGCCCCCGAAGGAAGAGCCACCCAAGGAGGAGCCUAAGCCAGAAGAAGCCAAACCCGAGGAGCCAAAGCCAGAAGAAGCCGCAGCGCCUCCUGCUGAAGAAAAGAAGGAUGAUCCUCCAAAGGAAGAACCUAAGCCAGAAGAAACCAAAGCAGAAGAACCCAAAAAGGAGGAUGAGAAGAAAGAGGAGGCUGCUCCCGCUCCUGCACCUGCACCUGAACCAAAAGCGGAAGAAGCAAAGCCUGAGGAAAAGCCGAAAGAAGAAGCGGCUCCUGCACCUGCAGCAGAUGAGAAGAAACCCGAGGAACCAAAGCCUGAAGAGCCUGCACCUCCACCUCCACCUCCGCCUGCACAGGAGAAGAAACCAGAUGAUGAACCGCCUCCAUUGGAAGAGAUGUACCCUAUAACCUUCGUCCUUGGUCCAGAUUACACUAGAUACUAUUACUACUGAAAAUAGGCUGCUAAACAAACCCUCUGCGCAAAGGAUGUCAAAUUACUGACAAAGAAGUCACGAAUGGUUUGCAUGGGGUUAAACGCUUGUUGAGAAGGUUUUUUGAAAGAAUUUGGAUAAGAGUGUCUAGAAAAGUGCAGUGUUGCUUGCAGACUGGUAGGGGGUCUUCUCACAGAAGAAGGCCAUUCACUGCAGCUUACGAAAUCAUUACAACGCUAGGAUUUGGUUAGAAGAUUAUGAAACGCAGUAUACAAUUAGAGCUGAACGGACGUCGUAUUGAUUGAUUGUUACGUGUAGUACAAGAAAAUAUGCUCUUGGUCAUACAGAAAAAUAAAAGGAUGGAUCGUAGGCGUGAAGAGGGUAAUGAAAGAAGUUCCAGAUUUUAAUGCUGUAGGAGGCUGGAGUCCUCAUGAGAUUUGAUAGUGACAUAGUACUUUGAGUACAUAAAAAAUUGGAGCAUAUCUUCCACUUCACUAU